GUUACGUCACACUCUGCGCACCACGCAUUUUUUGCCCGAUGGCAAAAACAGCGCAGCAGCAGCAGGUAAAUUCACCGGGCCGAUCACAUCUCGGUUACCGCGGCAACAACGGCAUGCCCUUAAACGCCAACUACAUUGCUCAUCGCCGGACGAAGGGCGGUUGGUGCUGUUCCUCGCCGCGAUGAACGACAGCUCGCUGUUCAGGCAAGGAACUCGCGUUACAUGGGCAACAGCCAGCCGAAACCGAGCUCCGAAGAGCACCAUCAGCCGCAGCAGUGUCGGAGAUGGAGCUCGACGCAGUCUCAGCUGAGCUGGGGAAGCAGCCAGAGUGUGCAGUCGGUGGCCAGUGCCCAGCGGUCAUGGUCUCGGGCUUCCACAAGCCUGGGCCGUCGACGCCAGCUGCGCUGGCAGCCUCACCUGCCACCACUAGGGGGCGCCGUGCCAACGGGAGUGCCGGCAGCAUCCGCCGACCCCCUGGCCAAGACGCCAUGGCCCGUAACGCUGGCCGAGGCCCUCUUUCUGCCCGAGUUUCCUGUUCGUAGCAAGCUGCACGAAGCGAACUUUCAGAAAGUCAAGCAGCUUUCUGGGAGCAAGUUUGGUUCAGUUUAUUUGGUGCGUGAGGCUGCUACCGGCAAGUGCUACGCCAUGAAGGUCCUCUCCAAAGCUCAAGUUGUCAGGGAGGACGCCAUUCAACAAUGCAAAGAUGAAGUCACUAUACAGGCUGUGUUGGGUCGGCAUCCAUUUGUGGUUCCCUGCACUCAUCACUGGCAGACGCGUAAGCAGCUCUUUAUAGUCACGGAGUAUGUUCCUCACGGCGAGCUCCGGCUGGCAUGGAAAGCCCUGGGUGGGUUUUCAGAAGACCUCGUGCGAGUCCUCAUAGCCGAGCUGGCUCUAGUCCUAGACUUUCUACACUGUGCUGGUGUCAUUUACAGAGACCUGAAGAUGGAGAAUGUCCUGCUUGAUGAGGAUGGACACAUCCAGCUUAUAGACUUCGGCCUUGCCCGAUGGCUCAGCUACUGCGCUCGAGCACAGACAGUGUGUGGCACAAUGCAAUUCAUGGCACCUGAGGUCCUGGCAGCUCAACCGUACUCUCAUGCCGCGGACUGGUGGUCUCUGGGCAUCAUGAUGUAUGCACUGCUGGUGGGAAGAUAUCCAGUUGAAGGCACUGGUGACCACAUACAGAUGAAGCAGUUGGUGGCCAAUGCCAAUUAUGACCUACCCGAGGGUUUCUCUGACAAUGCACGGAAACUAUGUCGAAAGCUUUUGUGCAGGCUUCCUAACAAGCGCCUCCAGUCACUUCACCAGCUCAAGUGGGAGCCAUUCUUCCGAGAACUCAACUUUGAUGACGUUCUCCACAAGAAAAUCUCUCCUAAAAAGCUGUUACAAGUGCAGCUCGAAAACUCAGGCAAGGACACACCAGGUAUUGGUGUGCUGGCUGAAUCUCAGGACAGCACCAAAGUUGCCUUUGCAGGCUUUUCAUGCCUCGUCAAGUCAUGAAGGUUGCCACGGCAGCAGCAUGAGCGCCAGUGCCUUUGCUGAGUCAUCAAGCGCCUGAGUGAAUCACUGCAGUCUCAAAGGAGUCAUCAGAAUCUCCAUGUCAGUGCCUUCAUCACCUUCACCUAACAACACGUCAAGCAAGACUGGGAAAGGCUGCCAGUGGGCUACGAGCUUGCCUCCUUUUAUUCUAGAUUGUGUUGCUUGGCGAAAGGAGAACAUUUGUCCACACUGCCACAUCAAUUGCAAAGCAUGAAACUGUCGGCACAUGGGAUGCAUAUUUAAUGUCAUUUAUUUAACUUAUUGUACUUCAAAAGCUCCAGUGAUGGGGUAAUAUGUGAAAGAUGGGCUGAGUUACGGAAAUAGUGAUUCGAGAGCAGCACUGAAAUGAAGCAGGUCAGAAUGGUGUACCAUGUUUACAGGCAAUGUUUUGCCGUUAUCACAACAAAUGGGCAUAAGCGAGUACUGGUCUGUACCAGGGUAGGAUAAAUGGAUUUGUCACUAUUUACCAAGUUCAAAAACACUGGCAAGAUAAGAGCUAAACUGGGCUGCUUAAUUUUGAAGAGAUGCUAGUGUGUUUUAAUGGUUGUGUUGAUAAGUUUCACGGCUUAUUUGUCGGAGUGCAAGUGAUGUUGCAUUUGUAGCACGCCCGGGCAUCUCUACAAUAUGAGCACGAUCAGCUGACCACAGUUGCUUGCAGUACACUCAUCGCGAUUAUCACUGCUUGGUGAUUACUCUGUCAUGUCUGCCUAGAACUGUUUAACGCGCCAAUUGCAAGCACCUUCGUUGCUUAUUUUUCAUGACUGCAAGCCCUCAGGCUAUGCAUACUGCAGCCCAUGAAAGCAUGGAUGUGGUUGUUUGAAAGUGUGGCUACCAUUUGACUAUGCUGUGCCUUUUGUCGGUGUAACUUGUACCAAAUAUUACUGAAAUACGAGUACAAAAUGGGAGGGGGGAAUCGGGCGGUUCUACAUGUGUUUUGCUGUAGUGCAUGGCUUCGUGGCAAUGCAUGCCGUGAUGUUAUAAAGCUGCACUGAAUUUCUGUGGAAAACUAGCAGGGAAGUCGGUGAUGACAGAACACGUAAGACUAGAUCAGUCCUGUAACUUUUCUUUGUGCCGACAGUUUGUCUGCUGUUACUCAAUAAAUAUUUAAGUGUUGUAUGAGAUUGUUUACAUUAAUUACAUGCAGUAUUUCGUGUUUCUUUUCUUUCAAACGUACUUGAUUUGGAGUGAGUGGGAACGAUAUGGCAGUGGCAGCCCACAAGUGUAAAAGUGUUACGUGACAUGAGAGAUUUCGUUUUGGCCUUUCCCUCUACCAAGGCCUGAGCUGUUAUGGUUGUGAUGUAAAGCAGCUGGGAAUGUCAACUCGAACGAGGCCUGUCGAUAUCUGUGUUCCACCAUUGUAAUGUUUUCCGAUGCCCAGCUACAUGAAAAUGUUCUUUGUUAGGCCAUCGUGGAAAAGUUGCAUGGGAUGGUAGCAGCUAGCAGCAGUGCUGUAAGCACAUGUCUUGAUGCCUGUGUUUUUCUUUAGAAAAUAUUUCUAAGGCAUGAUGAGAAACGUGACUUCUUUGAUGCCAUUCACAUGCUGUAUUCAGCAUCUUCAUGUAAUGAGUGAGAGUGUUGCUCAUUCAUGUGUACAUAUAUCCUGCGCUUAGCGCCCUCCUAUCCUUGGCGACCCACUCAUUACCCGCUGUGGUCGCUUAGCGAUUAAGGUGCUGCCCCACUAAGCACGAGCGUAGGGGUUCGACUCCCGGCCACGACGGCUUCAUUUAGAUUGGGGCGAAAUGCAAAAGCACCGGUGUACUUGGAUUCAGGCGGAGAGCAUCAGAUGUUCAAUAAUAAUCCAGAGCCCCCCAUUACGGCAAGCCUCGUAAUUGUACCAAGGUUUUGGCUCAUGAAACGUCAAAUUUUUUUGACCAACUAAUUGCUGGCAUGUCGAAUGUCUUUAAUUUUCAGCUAACCUAACCUGUGCAAUAACUGAAAUUUUUUUUAUUAUUUACAUCAUCAGCGAAUCAAUUUGCUUGCCGUAACUUAAUACGUGGUCUUUUCCCUGAUGGCUCUUUGAAUGGUUUGACGUGUGAAAAGUAUAGUUGCGAGUUAAGCUAAACCACCAUUUAACAUGACCCGCCACAGUGGUCUAGUGGUUAUGUUGCUCGACUGCUGACCUGAAGGUCGCAGGAUCGAAUUCCAGCCGCUGAAGCCACAUUUCAAUGGAGGGAAAAUUGUAGAGGCCGGUGUGCUUAGACUUCAGUGCACGUCGAAGAACCCCAGGUGGUCGAAAUUUCUUAAGCCCUCACUACGGCAUGUCUCAUAAUCAUAUUACAUUGCGGCUGCCUGAAGGCUACCCAAAAUCACAUUCUUUGGGAAUGCGAGGGAAACCCGCCUCGAAAAGCAAUACUGCCAGCUUCCUCCCUCGUGGCGUGGGAGUCACUCCUGUCAUCAAAUGACCAACGUAUUCAGACAGAAGUUAUUAACUGGGCCGAAAAGGUCGUGGCGAGCUACU